UUCUUCUUCUUCUUUUUUUUUUUUUUUUUUGUCUGUUUGUUUAAAUUUUGGAGAGCUCUUGCGAUCUUGGAAAAGCCUCAGACGCCAUCUACAGUUAAAACGUAGGUAACUACCCUCGCCGGCGCCCCCCCUUCCACGCCCCCCACCCUUUCCACCAAAAAAAGGGGUGCAGCGCGGAUUCUGUCUGCUGUGCGGCGCGAGCCGGUAGACCCGUGCUUAUUUCCUUUUUCUUUUUGUUUGGUUUCUAACGCGUUGAGACCAAGCUGCUGCCGUGCGCUCCUCGAAGAUUGCACAAACUACAGCAGGGCUCCUCCGCCCCGUCUGCGAUUCGGAAGGCUGCGUGGGGAUCGCUUCGGGAGACCUGGCGCUGCAGCUCCCCACCUUAGCAGUCCAGUUACUCGUCUAGAUCCACGUUGGAAAGAGAGAGAGAGAAAGAGAGACAGAAACUAAAAGUGCGGAGAUUCUGCAAAUCGCUGGCUGCUUUGGGGUAACAAAAGGACCCGAGUUACUGCCGACUGAGCACCCCCGGGAGCCGGGCUCGGAGCAGACGAGGUGCCCGGCGGCGCCCAUUUGGGGGCUUCUAACUCUUUCUCCGCGUAGCCCCCUUCCCGUCCCCUCCCCUCUCGUUCCCUUUUAAAAUCCGUGGCACGGAGGCGCCUGCAGCCGCACUCGCCAGCGACUCAUCUCUCCAGCGGGUUUUUUGUUUGCCGAGUGCGAUCCCCACACUCAUGAACAUACACAGGUCUACCCCCAUCACAAUAGCAAGAUAUGGGAGAUCGCGGAACAAAACCCAGGAUUUCGAAGAGUUGUCGUCUAUAAGGUCCGCCGAACCCAGCCAGAGUUUCAGCCCGAACCUCGGCUCCCCGAGCCCGCCCGAGACUCCGAACUUGUCGCAUUGCGUUUCUUGCAUCGGGAAAUACUUAUUGUUGGAACCUCUGGAGGGAGACCACGUUUUUCGUGCCGUGCAUCUGCACAGUGGGGAGGAGCUGGUGUGCAAGGUGUUCGAUAUCAGCUGCUACCAGGAAUCCCUGGCCCCGUGCUUUUGCCUGUCUGCCCACAGCAACAUCAACCAAAUCACCGAAAUCAUCCUGGGGGAGACCAAAGCCUAUGUGUUCUUUGAGCGAAGCUAUGGGGACAUGCAUUCGUUUGUCCGCACCUGCAAGAAGCUGAGGGAGGAGGAGGCGGCCAGACUGUUCUACCAGAUCGCCUCGGCUGUGGCCCACUGCCAUGACGGGGGGCUGGUGCUGCGGGAUCUGAAGCUGCGGAAAUUCAUCUUUAAGGACGAAGAAAGGUGAGUGUCGUUCCUGUCCAGAGCCCGGACUCUGACGGGCUGCUCGGGAGCAUGCUUGCUUGAGAGGUUGGAAUGGACAGUUUUUUUGUUUUGUUUUGUUUUUUUGCUGCCUGCCAUCCAGGUGAGAAGGAAGGUUGAGCAGACAGAAGGAGGUGAAUGGAUAUUGCGAUGUUUUAAGUGCCCCGGGAAACUAAGUUGCCGCUACUCCAGCCAUGUUAACGAAUGCUCAGAGGUCGGGUGCCAGGAUUGUCUGUGACCUGGUGAUUA